UAACCAGGUUUAGCCACCCUGUUGUGUACUUUUAUGACUAAUUUUCAGAUCCAGGCUAUGAUGCUUUAAAUUUUCUGAUCAUUUUUAACAAAAAAUAACCAACAUAUUUGGAUUUUGCACAACAAUCUAUGAAAACAUGCAAGUUUAUACACUAAGUAGAACUGCCUCCAAUAGUAAGCAAACUUUUGAUUCUCCUGGUCGGAAUUUCACGGUGACCAAUUUUCAGGAGGGAAAACACAGACUUUUCACGGCCAAACUCUCACAGAAGAAGCUUUGAUUAAGCAAGAACUACAAGUAUCUGAAGUAAAGUAAAGCGAAACUGGCAAAAACCCUAUAACUACACAACAUGUUUGGUUUGAAGCUAGAAAACAAAGAGUGUAAGAAACACAAGUGUUGUAAAUAAUGUCGAUAUCCGAAAAACCUUCACGCAAAGUUGUACAAAGUGAUACUAUAUCAGCUACUUUUGAUGACUUAUCAAAAGAGACUCCAAUUGAUUAUUUAUAUCACAACAAUACAACAGACAUUUUAAAGAAAGCUAUCAAUGCAGUUAUUGAGAACCAGCCAGAUGAUCCAAUCACGUUUUUAGUAGACUUUUUUGCAACAAUUACAACACCACCAUCAGGGACAAGCAUCCUCGAGGAAGCCUACAAGAAGUUAUCCUGGUCCCAUUACUCACAAAAACAAUAUCAAUAUAACAUUUUAGAAGUUUUUAAUACUUUAGUUGCCGUUAAAAACAAAGACACUAAACUUAAAGGUUUACAUGGCGAACAGUUUUUUAUGCUGUUGAAAAUGAUUGCAGAACAAUUGCCUUCGCCAUAUGAUGAGACAUGCUUGAAUCAUCUUUUCGUUAAACCAUACCAUGUUAUUAGUUUCAAGAGAUUUUAUCAUUCAAUAUUAUUGUUGCAUGUGAUGGAAGAUUACAUUCGAAUUGUUAUGGAUGUUUACAGGUACCUAGAUAUUCACAAUGUAGGGAAAAUAAACAAAAAAGUAUGUGUUAAUGUGUUGUCCAUGUUGAACAAUCAGAAGGUUAAAGAUUCAAAAGAAAAUUUAUUUACGAGGCCAAAAAGCGAAGAAAAUUCAUCAUUCAAGUUCGAUCUCAGUGAUUUUGUUGAUAAUAAUCUAAAUAGUAAGGAUGAGUUUAUGGAAAAAGACACUUUUGUUGCCGCUGCUGUGAAAAUCUUUUUAAAAAGAGUUUAAUGUUGUGAUUAUUCGUACUAAUUUUCGCACGUAGCAAAAAAAAUCUGUUUUGUGCGUGUUAAUUAAAGAUAAAUUCAGAUGAAAGUGUCUCACGCGUAUUAAUUUUCGCGCAAAUUCAAAUUCCCUCACAAACAUAAGGAAAAAGUUGCAAAAUUCAGAAUUUUUAGCAAAAUAUAGGUGCGUUUAAAUCCCACCCAGUUUUGUUUCUUAAAAAAAAAAAUUCGCGCGUAUUAUUUUUUGCGCGUAAUUUCACUAGAUUUUGCGAACUUGUAUUAUUUUUUAAAAUUAGUAACAAUAAAGUGAUAGACUUUGUGUAUUAGUGUGUGUGCAUGUGUGUUUCGUAAUUAAUAUUAUAUAUAAUUUAAUAUUAAAUUGAUGUUUAUUCCUUUGGCAAAGUACGUCUUAAAAUGAAAAUCACCUGCAAGCAAUAAUCUCCAAACAUUUAGAAACGAAAUCACUUGAGAGAAUUUUUUACAAAUAUAUGAAGUUGCGUAUUAGCUCGGAGCAUAGGUGUAUAUCACCAUUACGAUAUCACGAAAAGCUCGUUCUGUUUUAAAAUAAAAAAACCAGCCGUAGCGGCCAAUUUGGAGAAUAAUUAAUGAAUUUCUAUACAAGUUAGUAAAUAUAUUUGCAAUAUUUAA